GUCGCUGAGAACAGAGCGGUAGAAGUCAGCGGCGGUCCGCACUCGACAUUUUAAAGUAAAAUAGCAAAGUUCGCUUCGUCGUCAGUGUUUCUAUUUAAAAUACACAAUUCCCGUGGAAGGUCAUAGGUCGUGUUUUCCGUCCCCAGCGAAGAGGAGCGCCGUGUAGCCGCAGUCAUGCCACCCGGGCCUGUGCAGCUGGCCCCGCCGGAGCUGAGCAAGCCCGAUGACCAGAAAGACGAGACUCCUGCAACCAAGCCCAUCGUGGGGAUCAUCUACCCGCCUCCUGAAGUCCGGAACAUCGUGGACAAAACCGCGAGCUUCGUGGCCAGGAAUGGACCCGAGUUUGAGGCCCGAAUUCGACAGAACGAGAUCAACAACCCCAAAUUUAAUUUCCUCAACCCCAACGAUCCGUACCAUGCCUACUACCGCCACAAAGUCAACGAGUUCAAAGAGGGCAAAGGUCAGGAGCCGUCGGCAGCUGUGCCUAAGGUCAUGCAGCAGCAGACCAUGCAGCAGGCGCAACAGCAGCUCCCACAGAAGGUCCAAGCUCAGGUGAUCCACGAGACCAUCGUGCCCAAGGAACCUCCCCCGGAGUUCGAGUUCAUAGCUGACCCCCCCUCCAUCUCAGCCUUUGACCUGGAUGUGGUUAAGCUGACGGCUCAGUUCGUGGCCCGUAACGGCCGCCAGUUUCUCACGCAGCUGAUGCAAAAGGAGCAGCGGAACUACCAGUUUGAUUUCCUGCGUCCUCAGCACAGUCUCUUCAACUACUUCACCAAGCUGGUGGAGCAGUACACCAAGAUUCUGAUCCCCCCGAAAGGACUUCUGCAGAAAAUGAAGAGGGAGGCAGAGAACCCCCGAGAGGUUCUGGAUCAGGUGAGGUAUCGUGUGGAGUGGGCCAAAUUCCAGGAGCGAGAGAGGAAGAAGGAGGAAGAGGAGCGAGAGAAAGAGCGUGUGGCUUAUGCCCAGAUUGACUGGCAUGACUUCGUCGUCGUGGAGACCGUUGACUUCCAGCCCAGUGAACAAGGCAACUUCCCCCCGCCCACCACCCCUGAGGAGCUGGGCGCACGCAUCCUGAUCCAGGAGCGCUACGAGAAGUACGGCGAGAGUGAGGAGGUGGAGAUGGAGGUGGAGAGUGAGGACGAGGAGGAUGACCGAGACAACAGGGAGGAAGGCCACCCAGCUCAGCCUGACCAGGACACACAGCUGCAAGACAUGGACGAGGGAUCUGAUGACGAGGAUGAUGGGAUGAAGGUUCCCCUUCCCCCGGAUAACCCCAUGCCCCCUCCGCUGCCUCCCACGCCAGACCAGGUCAUCAUCCGCAAAGACUACGACCCCAAGGUCUCCAAGCUCCCGGCCGCUGUGGGUCCUCAGGACGAGUACCUCAUCUCACCCAUCACUGGUGAGAAGAUCCUGGCCAGUAAGAUGCAGGAGCACAUGCGCAUUGGACUUCUGGACCCGCGCUGGCUGGAGCAGCGCGACCGCAGCAUCCGCGAGCGCCAGAUCGAGGAGGAGGUGUACGCCCCCGGGCUCGACAUCGAGAGCAGCCUGAAGCAGCUCGCCGAGAGGCGUACCGACAUCUUUGGUGUGGAGGAGACAGCCAUCGGAAAGAAGAUCGGAGAGGAGGAGAUCCAGAAACCAGAGGAGAAGGUGACGUGGGAUGGUCAUUCGGGCAGCAUGGCCCGUACUCAGCAAGCUGCCCAGGCCAACAUCACUCUGCAGGAGCAGAUCGAGGCGAUCCACAAAGCCAAGGGUCUGGUGCAGGAGGACGACACCAAGGAGAAGAUCGGCCCCAGCAAGCCCAACGAGUUGGCCCCGCCUCUGCAGCCCUCCGUGGCCCCCAGCCUCCCAAAACCCAGCCCCCCUGUCACCGCUGUGCCCCGGCCCCCAACACCGGUGGCCCCACCCGUGCGCACCACCCUGCUGUCUGCCGUGCCGGUGAUCCCGCGACCCUCGAUGACCCCCGUGGUGCGGCUGGCCCCAGGCCAGGUCCUGACCCCUAUGCCUCCCAUGGUUCACGCCCCGCGCAUCAACGUGGUCCCCAUGCCCCCCACUGCCCCGCACAUCAUGGCUCCCCGGCCUCCACCCAUGGUGGUGCCUGCAGCAUUCGUGCCUGCCCCACCAGUGCCACAGGUGCCCCCCUCUGCCCCAGCGCCGCUGCCCCCUGCCCACCCUCCUCCUCCUCACGAGGACGAACCCACCAGCAAGAAGAUGAAGACGGAGGACAACCUGGUGCCCGAGGACGAGUUCCUGCGCAGAAACAAGGGUCCUGUGGCAGUCAAAGUGCAGGUGCCCAACAUGCAGGACAAAACGGAAUGGAAGCUGAGUGGACAAAUGCUGAACUUCACCCUGCCGCUCACAGACCAGGUGUCCGUCAUCAAGGUUAAGAUCCACGAGGCUACAGGCAUGCCUGCAGGCAAGCAGAAGCUGCAGUAUGAGGGUAUUUUCAUCAAAGACUCCAACUCUCUGGCCUACUACAACAUGAGCAGUGGCUCCGUCAUCCACCUGGCCCUGAAGGAGAGAGGGGGGAGGAAGAAGUAACCUGGUCUCUUCUGGUCUGUCCUGCUUAGUCUUUUCCUCUCUGCUGGUCUCUCCUCUGUCCUUCGCAGUCUUUUCCUGUCUCCUGGUCUCUCUCCCAGUGCUCCCAUCCUCUGUGAUUCUGUAACCACUUCACUUAUCAUUUAUGCUUCUGGGGAAAAAUUCAUCUUACUGAAAUGGAAUUCUCUAUUAAAGUGUCCAUUGUGUUGAUUGUUUUACUAAAUAUAUAUUUUAGCUAGAUUUCUUUGGUAAGAUGUCAUCAUAAGAAUAUUUUAGUUGCUGUCACCUUGCACUGCGCUUUCCAGUCAGGCACAGUAUGUGUAUUAGUACUGUAAGAACUCUGACCUUUGUGAACUGAUUUUCAUUGUGUACUCAAAGCAAAAUAAAAUAAAUAUGGCAAAACCCUGA